CAAAUUCGCAGACAAACAGCGCUUUACUACGAGCACAGAGGUGUCGAGCAGCAGCACGUAUGACAACAGAAACCUCCCAAGAAAACUAUGUAUCCUGAGAGCAAACUAUGAGAGGAUUUCAUUGGUCGGUACGAAAUGCUUUAAAGUUUUCCUGAAAUAAACCACAGAGACAAAGACAUUUUGAAAUAUACUUCAAGGAUUUUUUGGUGAAAAGGCGAAGAAGCGAGAAAGGACCGGCGGCAGCGUCGAACAAGUUCGUUUAUGGAAGAAACCAAAAACACAACACAAGAGGAGCAGAUGAUAAGUUGUUUUGGUGCACAAGGAGCUGUAUCUUUGUAUGUUUUGUGUUCCAAGUGUCAGACACAGAGACAGAGAAGAGUCAUCCUCGGCUUGUUGGUAUCUGGCUGUAAUAUUACUCAGACCAAUAGAAGUGUCCCGGAGAAGCCUUGGAGAGGACGGGGCAGCGCUGAGUGGCGGGUGCAGAUUUCCUCGUAGUGUGGAGCUGCCGCUGCUGACUGAAUGCAGAGGAAACACUGAAAGCUGUUCUCCAGGCCUCCCUGCAGCUUCAGGGGAGAUUGUCAGAUGUGUACCCAGCAUUCAAAGCCCCUGGUCUGGCCACGGGGAUGGCAGCCUCUGCCCUGAACCUGAAUGGCCUUGGAGUCAUGAACAGCAGUAAUCAGUUUCACACCCAAGCAGGCUCCUCUAGUACCACCUCUCGAACUAGAACCAGUCCGGUCGGUCGACCUGUGCUGCCAGUUCCAGAUCGGAGCACCUAUUGUCAGUUACUGGGCGGGGGAACGCCGGGUGGAGGUAUCUACAGCCCAACCAGCCCUAAGACGAGCCCUCGAACCCUGGGUCCAACCUUUGUCUUCCCUCCUUCAUCCUCGCUUUCCCCCAGCCCCACCCCUCGUGCUCGCUCCCCCUCCCCGCGAAGCCCGGAGCUCCUAGGAGUCAAUGUGGGCCAGCGGGUCCGACGACUGAGCUCGCCCGGCGCUGAGGAGAGAGGGGAAGGCGAAGGGCAGGAGGAGAGGGUAGGAGAGACGGGAGGAGGAGAGAGGCGAGAGGAAAGGAGACGCCAGGCACAGCUACUGCAGAUACACAGAGAGCUGCAGAACGUUGAGGUCAGGGGAAAAGUGGGCAUUUUCGAGGCCCACAUUUCCGGAAUUCGUGCCCAAGUGCUAAACACUGAGCUCCAGCGCAGCCCUCGAUCUCCAAGACGAUCGAGUAGCCAAACCCCUUCCCAUCCCAGCCAACAAAACACAGCCCUUGACUGCCCAAUGACCCAUCCGCAAGAGAGUAAAGUUACCUCUGUUGUCCAAAAUGGAAGAGAAAGGGAGGAUGACACAAUGGAAGGAGAAAGGAGAGAAGGAGGAAGUAAAGAUGAUGAGAAGGACAACAGUGCUACUAAAACCAACACUGAGAACAAGACACUGAUUGGUCAAAAUGGCCGCCAUUCAGAAACAACAAUACAAACUUCCUUAGUAGACAGAGUGUUUGUCGUUCCAGGUUCCCUUGAGACAUUAAACCCAGAUGCAACAACAGACAAAGAGAAAAAAGAAGGAGAAAGACAGAGAGAAAAGGAGGGAGAAAAAGACAGAGGGGAGGUAGAGAACACACAAAUGUCGGGAGAUGAAAGAGAACAGACAGAGAGAGAAGUGAGAGAUGAGAAAGAGGACCAGUUGUGUCUUGAGAUGCUGCUUAAGACAGAGACUAACAGGUUGGAGGUUAACCCAGAAACAAAUGCUUUUCCUCAGGUGCAAAGCAGUGAGAGCACCCCUUGUUUGCUGGACACCGAUCACACCUCCAACCACUCUCCCUCCAUCCCUGCAGUCAUAAUAACUGACCACGGUUUGGAAAGCCAGCCUCAAAAUUCUGAAGGCCCUGGCUCAGACCAGGGACUAGGCUGCACCUCAAGCCCCAGUUCUAGCCCUGCCUUUGGGACAAACUCCUCCACCCGCUCCCUCAGGAAGCUGUCGUCCUCCUCUGCCUCCUCGGCCGGUUUCUCCUCGUCUUGGGAAGAGUCGGAAGAGGAUAUUUCUAGUGAUACAGAGAAAGGAGAGCAGCUUCUCAACCCUGCAGUCCUCACUUCUCAACAGAGAGCACACAAGUCUUGGAAGAAGAUUAAGAACAUGGUCCACUGGUCACCGUUUGUCAUGUCCUUCAAGAAGAAAUAUCCCUGGAUACAACUGGCUGGGCAUGCAGGAAGCUUCAAGGCGGGAGCAAACGGCCGUAUAUUAAAAAAACACUGUGAAUGUGAGCAGCGCUGUUUGUCCCUCCUGAUGAGGGACGUACUGCGCCCGUACGUCCCUGGUUACCAUGGAGACGUAGAGAAGGACGGCCAGAAAUACAACCAGAUGGAGGAUCUGCUGGCUGAGUUUGACUUCCCGUGUGUGAUGGACUGUAAGAUGGGAGUGAGGACCUACCUUGAGGAAGAGCUGACUAAGGCUCGUAAGAAACCCUCCCCGAGACCCGACAUGUAUCAGAAAAUGGUUGAGGUUGAUCCCGAGGCAGCUACGCCAGAGGAAAACCUCCAGAAAGCCGUGACCAAACCCAGAUACAUGCAGUGGAGAGAGACCAUAAGCUCAACAGCCACCCUGGGAUUUAGGAUAGAGGGAGUCAAGAAGGAGGACGGGACAGUGAACAGAGAUUUUAAGAAAACAAAGACGAGAGAGCAAGUCACUGAGGCCUUCCAUGACUUUGUCAAAGGAAAUAAGGACAUUCUGAACGGUUAUCUAAGCAGGCUGAAGGAAGUAAGAGACACUCUGGAAAUUUCCCCGUUCUUCAAAACCCACGAGGUGAUUGGCAGCUCCUUGUUAUUUGUUCACGACAGUAAGGGACGGGCCAAAGUCUGGAUGAUCGAUUUUGGGAAAACUACGCCUCUUCCUGAAGGGGAAGAACUAACCCACCGAGCAUCAUGGCAAGAGGGCAACAGAGAGGAUGGUUACCUUUCUGGACUUGAUAGUUUGGUGGACAUCAUUUUAUCCAUGGUGAACUCUGAGACUUGAAGUCUGAGGGUUUUUAAAACGAAAUCCAAUUGGACAUUUGGACACACAACAACCACUUCCAUUCAUUCUUCCUCUCUCUCGGGAACACUUUGGACUUCCUCAGGAUUCCUUCACAGGCAUUUGUCCUCAUCCACCAAACCACAUCAUCACAAAACAUGUGACGUGGCCAAAUCCAUUCAUGGAUGCAGCCUUUAUAUUCAUAUACAGUGGAUAUCAAUAUCAUGCUCUUUCCCAUCCAUAGUCCUUUUGAUGUGAUCCUUAUACCCUCAAGGGCAGGCUGUAAUAGGCCUUUUUUCAGAGCAAACUUUUUAACUUUAAAUAUUAAAGAUAGCUCAGUUCCAUUAUGUCUCCCAGUAAGCCAUCCCUGUAAAAAAAGAAGGUAUUUUUUAAAUGCAUUAUACCUGCAAGACAACCUUUUUACUAAAGAAAUUACACUUAAAAGCAAAACAAUGUAGAUUGCCUAAUCCAAAUGUGAAGGCUAAGGCUGGUGAUAUGAUUAUAUUUUUUUUGUUAUUGUAAACAAAUCCCAUAAAAAAGACCAAAACAAUCAUUUUACAGUUUGUUUUUCUAUUAUCUGCCCAGCCUGUCUGUGGCUCUCACCCCCAAGACCAUUUGUUCCAGCUCAAGAUGUGAACCUUUAAAAAAAAAAAUAAUAAUAUGGUUUCAUUUUUUGUUUUUUUUAAAGACUAAAUAAUUUUAUAAAACAGCUGGACACUUUUUUUUUUUUUUUUUUUUUUUUUUAACAUUUCUGACUUUGGCGCUACCUGGUGGUAAUAUCAAAAAAGACACUAAUUGUCUAAUUUUCUAUAUGAUGCUAUCCUAAUUUGAAGAUGCUAUAAUCACAUACAAAAUUUAACAUGUAAUGGUUUUGCAGUAAAACUCCCUUAUUUGACAUUAAAUGUCUUGAUUGGGUAUACCCCCGCUCUCAUGACUUUUAAACAGUUAUACUCCUUUGUAUAUCUGUUAGAUGUAUCCCCAUUCAAUCAGAGUUAGAUUGUAUUUCUUCCUCAGCUCAUCUGAACUCAAUUUUAUUGAAGUUUUUUGUCUGUUUAAUAAGUUUGACCACAACUUCAGCACAUUGCCCUUUCUUUUAAAAAAACAAUCUGCACUUGAUUACAUUUCCGCUGUUAGAGAUUGUACAGUUAAGUGUGUUUUACAGCGGAAAACAAAACUAGUCUUUUAGCUGUUUUUUUAACCUCUGUUCAACCAGUCACACUUUAGAUACUGUAGGUUGGUCAGUGAGGUUUUCAGUGGCAGCCAUGUUUGCUCCACAAUAUUCUGGCAAUAACUGGCAAUUAUGUGGAGCUAAAUUGUACAUCUCACAGUAGUUUCAGUAUGUUAUGGAGGGCAUUGUUUCAUAUGUAACAUAUUUACAGUGGUAGUACUUCCCUGGCCAAACACUUCUCACCCUAUUCACACUUUUGUUGGGAUUGUUCACAAUGUACAAUGAGAUUUAUUAUGUUUGAUGUAGUUUUUGUAACAUUAUUUUAGUGUACUCAAAUCCUGUGGAACACUUACAGCCAUGAACAAUCUUAUUUAAGCUAUACAGUGCCUUGACAUUACAAAGCCAAGUCAGACAACUGAAAAUAUGUUCUUAUUGUAAAUGUUAUGAUGGACUUUUCUCCUAGUCUUAACUGUCAGUUUCUGUGUGUAGUCUUGGGUGCAUGUUUAUUAUACUCUUAAAGUUCGGGCUUAAUUUGUAUUUCAUUCUGUUUUUAUUUAUAACAUUAUAUUAUUUGUUUUUUUAGUUAUUGGGAUACUGUGACAUUUUGAACUUUGGGCUGUUAUGUGUUUUUGGCUUCAAGCAUGUGUUACAAGAUGAGUGAAAGUCAAACUGUGGGGCAGGUCAUUGACAUUGUCGACAUUAUUGAAAACAUUGGAUAUGGCUAAAGAAAAGAUUGAUAAUGUUCAGAUAAUGAUUCCCAUUUACUUUAAUGGAGAAUGCAAACAUUCACUUUGAAAAUGGUUGGGCAGAAGGGGGCGAAAAAUAUGUCUCAUAAUGUAACAGGUUCUUGAUGAACAAUAAAAUCUAAAUAGUUCCAUUAGUAAUUUGUUCCACUCUACCACAUAUUUAAAAUACCAUGGUUUUCAUUUGAUGUUUGCAGUGACAUUAGACGCAGAAAGGACUAAUAAUAAUUCCAUGCAGUGCCUUCUUAAAGAAGUAGUUUGACAUUUUGGAAAAUAAAACGUAUGCUUAUUAGCUGUUUUGACGAGAGUUAGAUGGGAAGAUUGAUACCACUCUCAUGUCUGUUUGCUAAAUAUGAAGCAUUUGCCAGCAGCUGGUUAGCUUAGCUUAGCAUAAAGACUGGAAACGGAGAAACAAAACCAAGUUUUUUGAUUAAACAUUGAAGAUAUAACAAUGAUAUGUGAACUAGUGAGCUUUAAUGUUAUGGGUCAGCAGAUUUUAUUUCCCAUGGACAGAGGCUAGCUGUUUUUCCCCUGUUUCCAGUCUUUAUGCUAAGUUAACUAACCAGCUGCUGGCAAAUGCUUCAUUUUUAAAGGAAAGAUAUGAGCGUGGUAUCACCUUUCCCAAAAUGUUAAACUUUUCCUUUAUGACAACCAUUUUAGCUAUUGCAUAUGCUCCCCAAUGUGCACUUAGGGUUGUUUGUUAGUACUGUAGGUAUUAUAUUGUUUUGGUUAUGCAGGCUUGUGUAUUUAUUAUUUGGAUUGUUGCUUUAAAAAAGUGUGUACUUGGUAAACAAAGAAAAUCCUGCUCCA